AUGAACAUCAGCAAACAAUGGCGCAAAGACCACCCCUUCGGCUUCGUCGCCCGUCCCAUGAAAACGCCCGCCGGCACCCUCGACCUGAAGCGCUGGGACUGCGCGAUUCCGGGGCGCGAGAAGACGAUCUGGGAGGGCGGACUGUUCAAGCUCGAGGUGCAGUUUCCGGACGGCAAAUUCCACCCCCCACUCUUCCACCCGAACGUCUACCCCUCCGGAACCGUCUGCCUUUCCAUCCUCAACGAAGAAGAGGGCUGGAAACCCGCCAUCACGAUCAAGGAGAUCCUGCUCGGCAUCCAGAUGCUGCUGGACGAGGUCAAUCCGGACAGCCCCGCGCAGGCCGACGCGUACAAUUUGUUCAAGAAGGACAAGGCGGCGUAUGAGAAGAGGGUGAAGCAGGUGGUGAAGGAUAAUCCGGCGCCUUGA